CUUCCAAGCCAUGGGACUAACGCUGCUCUCCGGGCGAUGAGGAGUGCUGGCCAGGGGCAGAAACUGCUUUCCUUUCCUCGGGAAGAAAACAAGCCGUGAGGACACCUAAGGAUGUGCUGCCCAGAUGUGUUCCCCACCUCCACCUUCCUCCUAGGACUCAUGUGCUUGACAGCUUUCAGCAACUUUGCCGGGACUUCUGCAGACUUCUCAGGUUACAUAUCACAGGUACUAAAGAAUUACACUGACCAUGCCUGUGAUGGAGAAUAUGUGUCCCUGAGAUGUCCCCACAGAACCACCAUCAGCAUCCAGUCUUCCUUUUAUGGCCGAAUUGUACCAAGCCAUCAGCUGUGUCCUUCUCGCUAUCCCCACUCCUAUGCAACUUUAAUUAAAGAAGAUGUUGCCUGUUCAGUUGGCACUUCUCUUCAGAAGAUGCUGGAUGAGUGCCAGGACAGGCGGAGCUGCCAGUUCCUCGUCAACAGCCGGCUGUUCGGGACGGACCCGUGCCCCGGGACCAGCAAGUACCUCCUCGUGUGGUACAAGUGCAGGCCAAAUGAAUACAAGAGUAAAGUAGCCUGUGAAGAUGACAAGCUGAGGCUGAGCUGUAAGAAGAGCAUGGUGAUAGCCAUUUACUCUGCUGUCUUUGGGAGGACACAAGGAGGCAGCCUGGAGUGCCCAUACCAAAACCUAGGGAUGCCCAUGAUUGAGUGUCAGUCAGCUACUGCUCUUCAGCUCAUGAUCAAGCGCUGUCACGGGAAAAGAAGCUGCAGCAUAUAUGCCAGCACCUAUGAAUUUGGAGAUCCUUGUUACCCAGGCAUCCAAAAGCAUCUUAAUGUCAUCUACACCUGUGUUCCCAAGAAGCUUCUGCAUGAAACCCAGGCAAGACCAACCAACCAACAAGGGUACCAGAAGCCACAUUUUCCACUGCAGCCGAGAGUGUUUGACCCCAAUGUUGUAGGGGACGGCGUGUUCCUUUCGGAUGUCUCUCCUUCCAACAUAGAGCGAGCUCUCCCAGCAGAGAAGAAGAAAGGGAGGUCGGCCACUUUCUACCCUGUGGACAGCACCCCUCUCCUGCUCCCUGUGGAUGAGACACGGCUCAGCAGCAGCAGCAGCAUGGAGCCCGUGGGUGUUGGCACGGAGAUGGCCCUGCUCAGCAACAUCCUGGCAGCCUAUGCCUUCAUCACAGAAAACCCCGAGCGGGCCGCGCUGUAUUUCGUGUCCGGAGUGUGCAUUGGACUCGUGCUGACCCUGCUGGCGCUGGUGCUGCGGGUGUCCUGCCGGACGGACUGCAAGCGCUCCUCCUCCAAAAAACCUCCCCGGGAGCGGGAGAGCGACAGCGACAGCAGCGACAGCGACGACGACUCGGACACCACGUCGGACCUGUCUGCCCGCAGGCACCGCCGGUUCGAGAGGACUUUGAACAUGAACGUGUUCACGUCGGCGGAGGAGCUGGAGCGGGCGCAGCGGCUGGAGGAGCGGGAGCGCAUCAUCCGCGAGAUCUGGAUGAACGGGCAGCCCGACAUCCCGGGCACCCGCAGCCUCAACCGCUACUACUGAGCGGGGCUGCGCUCAGCACGGCUCGGGAUCCACACCUGGCACGGGGGAUCCACACCUGGCACGGGGGAUCCACACCUGGCACUGGGGGAUCCACACCUGGCACGGGGGAUCCACACGUGGCACUGGGGGAUCCACACGUGGCACUGGGGGAUCCACACGUGGCACAGAGGGAUCCACACGUGGCACUGGGGGAUCCACACGUGGCACAGAGAGAUCCACACGUGGCACGGAGGGAUCCACAGGUGGCACUGGGGGAUCCACACGUGGCACAGAGGGAUCCACACGUGGCACUGGGGGAUCCACACGUGGCACAGAGAGAUCCACACGUGGCACGGAGGGAUCCACACCUGGCGCUGGGGGAUCCACACGUGGCACGGAGGGAUCCACACCUGGCACAGAGAGAUCCACACGUGGCACGGAGGGAUCCACACCUGGCACAGAGAGAUCCACACGUGGCACAGAGGGAUCCACACGUGGCACAGAGGGAUCCACACCUGG